AGAGAGAGGGGGAGAUGGCCACUCGUGGCAGGGAUGCAGAGAAUUAGUCUACGUUUUCAAAGAAUAGAUCUCAGAGUGUGCCUCCGUGUAACCUAAUGGCUGUACUGGAAGUAAUGGGGAACGCUGAUAACACCCGAGAAUAAACACGCGCACGGAUACCUGCUAACGCUGAGGGGGGCUGGACAUGAUGGGAGGCGUUUCCAGCUCAUUGCUCUCAGAUGUUUCCUGCGCUCCCGGCUGUUGGUUGAAGCACCAGCCAAGCGCAGCUGCACGGGGCCGGUUACUGUACCAGCUGGCGUUGAAUGCAUGAAACACGGAGGGAGUUCGCUUAUGAAACGGUGCCUGCAUAAAUGGAAAUGUGAAGUCGGAUUUGAAAUGAGCUGCAACAACGGGAAGGCUGCGUAACUGAGACAGCACGCCGACAUCGUCGAGGGAUCUGGUGCGCUUUGGCACUGGAGGCGAGCACCAAACUUCACUGACGAGCUGAGCAUCAGUUUACCGGCUCAUUGUAAGACUAAGUAUGUUUCCGUGGAAUAUUUUUCUUUGAUGCCAGUUUAUAAUUAUCAAAUUAAGAUCCAGAAAAAGGUCUAGAAAGCGACCGUGUUGUUGCUCAUUUUGCUCUCUCUAACCGUGCCAAUGCUGGAAUGGCUUGUGGCUCUGUGCAUUGUGAUCCUGGUGGUCUUAAUAUGGCCAGGCUCCAAAUAUUUUCGCACCGAGAGCCAGACGAGGGCUUUGCUUCAAGGACUGGGAAUUUCGCAACAGGCAACGAAGAACAAAAGCGAGAGGUGCGUCUCCGAACUCGACGGGAGCGACGGUGCCCAGGCGGCCUGUAUGGGUGCCGGGACCGGCGAGAAAGCGGCAACAGUGGCACUAAUCUGCAAACCGUCCGCGCUGGCCAACUAUCUCCUGAAACACUGCAGGACUUUUAGUAAUUACUCGCCAUGUGUCGGAUGGACGUGGCGGGCCAGCGCCUUCUUGCAGAGCGUAUAUGAGACUUGCUGGCCGUAUGACAGCCCGGUUCAGUUCGUGCGGGACAACCUGCAGCUGAGCGAUGAUGGGCUGGUAGCCUUGGACUGGGCAGUGCCAUCCUACCAGAAACGACGCAGGACUUCCAGUCACUCCACCAGUCCCAUUCUGCUCAUCAUACCAAACUCUUUUGGGAAGAUCACUAGAAAUGUGUUGCAGUUGUGUGAGACGGCGCUGUCCCAUGGUUACCUUCCGGCAGUUUUCAACCGCCGUAGCCACAAUGGCACCCCCCUCACUACCCUCAAACUGCAGCAGUUCGGUGACCCUGCAGAUCUGCGCGAGGCUGUACGCUACAUUCGCUACCGACAGCCUGCAGGAAGACUGUAUGCAGUGAGUGAGAGCACCGGGUCAGGCCUUCUCCUGUCUUACCUGGGGGAGUGUGGAUCAUCCAGCUAUGUGACGGCAGCAGUCUGUCUGUCCCCUGUGUUCCGCUGUCAGAGCUGGUUUGAGAGCGGGCUGUGUUGGCCCUUGCAGUGGGCGUUGGUGCUGUACCAGAAGAUAUGUCUCAGCAGGUACAAGACGGUGCUGGGUGAGACCAUGCAAACAGACGCCCUGUUUUCUAGCUCCUCCUUACGUGGCCUGGAGGAGUCCUUGUUCUGUCAGACUGCGCAUGCGAACUCUGCACCAACAGGGCCCGGUAGUAGCAACAAUACCUCAGGUGUGUGGGAUGCUUACUGGGAACGAAAUGAACCCUUGAGGGAUGUGGAUGAAGUGGCUAUUCCUGUUCUGAGCGUGUGCGCUCAGGAUGACCCUGUCCGAGGUGACACACAAUCCACGGUGCCCUUGGAACUCUUUGAGACAAACCCACAUUUUUUUCUCCUGCUAACUGAACGUGGAGGCCACUGCGGUUUCUCCACCCAGUCCGAGGGGAGCACUGCUGGUGCAUCUGGUGCACUCAGCCCUGCAGUUUUGCCGAACAGCGGGGCGGGGACCUGUGGGAGCAACUGGAGCCACAAAGUUGUGCUGGAAUUUUUCAGGGCGACCACAGACUUCUUUGCUGCAGAGGAGAGAGCAAAGCAGCUUGCCGCAAGAAGGAGAGGGAUUGGAGGAGUAACAGGCGGGAGGGCUUUCCGCCACCGCAGCAUCAGUACAUGUAAACGAAUGCCAGCGUGUUCCCAUAAUAUCCAUGCCAUUUACAAUUGGCAGAGAUCCUAUACACGAUGAGGGAGCUUAAUGGAAGUUAAUGGACUCCACUGAUGCCUUCUGAUAGUGUUUGAAUUUGGGAUGUGAAGGACUCCAGCUCUCUGCCCAUGUGACACUCUGUUUCAAAGUGUUAAGGUAGACAAAACAGAAAAUUGCAGAGACUGUGAAGAACUGAGCUCUCAGAGUACUUGUUGUUCUCCCUCACUUGAUGUGAGCCAUAAAACACAAGGAUAGAGAAAAGAUCAUGACAGGCCACAAGCUUGCAUGUAGUUGUCGACACCAAACUCUCAAGAUGGAUGGCUAUAUAUUUUUCUACACACAGAUAGAAAUUUCCUCACUGCCAGCUGUUAAUACUGAAAGAUCUGCCUCAUAUUUUACAUACCCUGGUACGUUUGCAACCAUCUUUUUAUCUCUGACAGGAUAUUUAUUGGCAAGCAAAAGUGUUGGAAGUCUUGCCUAGAGCAGAAAAUUCAGUAAAACUUUGAAAUUAAUUCGAGCUAAAUGUGAAAUGAGUUUAAUGAACCCAUUCAGUGUUAUUGUGCACAUUAAAGAGAGUUUACUGUAUAUAUUAUUGGAUAUUCUCUUUGGUAUUGGGAAAUAUUCUCUGAUGCCCAGAAUAGAAGAAUUCAUGUGUGAUGUUCAAUCCUGUCAGCUUUUAGAGGAAAGUCUGUGUAAUGAGGUUAUAUUUUAAUGAGCUUGGUGGUUGAAAGACCUUUGUGAGUUUUAUUUAAAACCAGGGCUGCUCAGGAUCUGAAGGUGGUGAAGAUGUGAGGGUGGCUGGAUUUGCUGAAGUGGAGCGUUAGAGACUCAAGUCUCCAGAAAUGUUGUUAAAAUUGUUUAUCACUAUCGUGCAUUAAGCUAAUAAAUUGUACAGAUUAAAAUGAUACAAAGUAAUAAAUAUUGUGUUGAAAAUGUUCAGAAGAGAAACACUUAAAAGGGCAGCACAACUGUUAAAUAUGCAGGAAGAGGCCAAGGUUCUCAUUUUUGUCUUCUUUUGUCUACACCUGUUAAAUGUGUUAUCUUAUGGGGUUGAAAUAAAAAAUCCAUAAUACAUCACCCAGGAUGGACAGACUUGAGGUUUACACUUUGUUUGGGAAAUGUGUUCUGAAAAACUGCAUCCAUUGUUAUAUUUCCACUACAGGUAAGAAAAAUUCCUCCCUACAUAAUACCAACGUGUUGCAUAAUCUUUUUCUCAAGUUCUCAUUAUUUUUGCUUAUAAUCAUCUUCAUUUACAAAGCACAUCUGCAGUCUUGUCAAACCCCUGCUGAGUCAGUGCUCACAGACACUCGGGCACAGUCCCCACAGCCAUUCCAUGCUGCAGUGAGUCUGCCCACUGAGCCUGAUCCUCUCAGACAGCUGGCACACAACAGUGUACAUACAGACACACAGCAAGUGUGUGCAGGUAGACACACUGUCAGCAGGGAUCCUCGCCAUCACAGACCCACACAGAAGACACAGUUUCAUCACAAUAAAUGUUGGCUUUUGUUGGCCUCAAGUAAAUGAAGCCAUUAAGAUUGACUUGCCCUUUCCAACUUUGCUUAUUCAAUUCAGCCCCAAUAGUCUGCCCCGGUUAUCUUGGACUGAUUUAAUCAAAAUGACUGAUAUUUAAUUAACAAAGAACUUGACAUUCCCAUCAUCUUGAUGAAACUAAAUCGUAGGUUAUUUAAAUUGAGGCACACGCUCUGUUAGGGCUUUGUUGGGAUGGCUAUAAGAGGAAAUGUAAUGUAUGUAAAUACACAAUGGAUACCACAUCAUAAUCUACAUGGAAACUGAAAGGGUACUCAGUGAGCGAAUACUUCUACUACGUCUUCCACUCUUCAGUGAUAUGCAAAUCUGCAAGCACAACCAUAACUAAAUACUGUAUGUCUGGAUAUAUUUACUAUUUCUCUCUGUCAUGGAUUCAUAAGAGCAGGAAUAUGAUUCAUGCAAGUAUGUGAAUGCAAAUGACAACACCUGGCCCAGCAGGCACAAACGCCACAGUAAUAAAGAAACGUGGCACCUGUUGAGGAAUGGCUGCCAGUGGCACAGAAUGAAGAAAAUAGAAAUUGAUCAGGACAGAAGAGGUGCCCAAGUGUUGCAAAUAUGCUGAGGCAUAUGGAGUCGGACAUGUUCAGCUACAACUGGUCAGCCAUGGUUGUUUCGAGCUGAUGUUAACCAGAACACAAGGUUCAAAGGUGAAAUUCAAGUGAAAGGCUGGUAAUGUAAACAUUUAUUCAGAAAAUAGACAAUAGAAAAUUCUUUGCACUCAGGCGUCGGUUCAACUAACAAAAGUU